GUCAAUGUUCCUGUCAGCGUCACAUAAUCAACCUUUUUUCUGAUCAACGCAGCGGCACCUUUGAUUUCCCGCAAAAGCAGCAUCGACGCUCAUUCCCGUUCGUGCCUGCAACGGACGCUCUUUGACUCCUCUCCCUUCGCAUGGUCAAGUUCGACAGUCUCCGUUCUACCGAUGCUCCAGAACUCGGCUACCUCAAGGACGGGCCUCCGGACCUGGUCACAGACACGGUCACGAUAGUUGAUCUUCCUGAGGGUGGUCAAGGGCAGCUGGAGAGGCGCGUAUGGCGAAAACUAGACAUGUGUGUAUUGCCUUUGGCGACGAUGUUUUAUCUCUUGUCCUUUUUGGAUCGAGCAAACAUCGCCAAUGCAAAGGUGGCCGGCAUGGGUACGGAGCUCGGAAUGUCAAGUUACGAUUACAGCAUUGCGCUCACCAUCACCUACAUUCCUUACAUCCUCACGGAGAUUCCAUCCAACUUAGUGCUCAAGAUGGUGGGGCCUGACCUGAUGCUUCCAGCGAUGGUGACUGCAUGGGGCUUGGUCGCCACCCUGCAAGGAAUGGUCACAAGUUACAGUGGUUUGCUCGCCUGUCGAUUCUUCCUUGGAUUUGCGGAAGGUGGACUUUUACCCGGGAUGACUCUAUACCUAGCAUCAUUAUACCCUAGAGAGAUGUUACAGACCAGAAUCGCUACUUUCUUCGCUUCUGCUUCUCUGUCUGGAGCCUUUUCUGGCCUUCUCGCCGCUGCUAUUAGCCACAUGGAUGGUGUAGGUGGACGCCCCGGGUGGGCAUGGAUCUUCAUCCUGGAAGGUCUAUUCACCGUACUGUUUGGUGUCAUUUGUUUCUUCCUUUUGCCCAAGUCGCCAGAGACAGCUAGGUUUCUGUCGCCUGUCGAACGUUCCUACAUAAUCCGCCGCUUAAAGGAGGGUGGCACGGCUUCGAAGGACGACAGUGAUAAUAAGGUUAAUUGGGGGGAGAUCGUCGCCACCAUCAAAUCGCCCCAGGUUUUGAUCAUGUUCAUUAUCAAUAUUUUGAUAGGCACGAUGCUUUAUGGUAUUGCCUACUUUGAACCUAUCAUCGUUCAGGGUCUCGGUUUCACAGGCAAUCGGGCACAGCUCAUGAGCGCACCACCUUUUGCAGCAGCAUUCGUCUUCUCACUAUCAUCGGCACUUAUCUCUGACCGCUACGGUCGUCGAGGGUUGAUGACCAUCUUCUUUUCGCUAUGGUCCAUUAUUGGCUAUUCCAUAUUCCUGGCUAGCGGAUCCCGCCAUGCCCAAUACGGUGCUCUAUUUUUGACAGUCUCGGGGACGUACUCGUCAUGUCCGGCGAUUAUCGCGUGGAUGGCAAACAACAGCGCGCCGCACGCGCGACGCGCGACCGCCGUCGCACUAGCCUUCAUCGCGUCGAACUUGGGCGGGGUGUUCGCGACGUGGCUGUUUGGCACGCUUUCGCCCGCGCCGGAUUACCGCACCGCCACUGUCGUCUGUAUAGCGUUUUCGGCGGGCUCCGCGGUGCUCGCGGGCGUCAAUUGGAUGUAUCUUUCCCGAAAGAACCGGAGGAAGGCGCAGAGACGGAGGGAGUUGAUGAUGUUAGGUCGGAGAGAAGGGGAGGGAGAAGAGAAGGGGAUGGGGGAUAAGAGUGUGUGGUUUGUGUAUAAUUUAUGAUGGUGGAGCUGUUUGAUUAUUUGCAUGCCUUUCGUUGGUUCUAGGCUUCGCCUUGUUCCUUUCGCACUAGUCCUCUGCUAGUCUAGUAAUGCUCUCCUUGAGGCGCAACUGAGGGCAACGCUGCUAAAUCGCUGAUAUGACCCCUGCUCUACUCCUACUAGCCCGCCACCACUACCGCUAAAAGCGGUAACGCAAGCCCCUGGCUCAAGCAUUGCAUACCUCUCCGGCACGAUGUUCCAUCAAAUGCCAUCCCUCAACAAGCUAUGGCGCUGCUUCUUCUCGUAACUUGGAGCUGACUUGCAAGAGAAUUCCCGAUCAACGUCUCAAGUUCCCGCUGGAUAUAACCAGCCUGGUCUGAGUGCCGUGUCGUAAUGUCCCCGUCCGAACUGUGAUGCUCCUCCCCGUUCUCUGAUAAAUGACGGAUGCGCGAUUGGUCCUGAAUCCAAAAGUGUUCUGACUUUCCC